AUUUAAAAAAGUUUUUUUUAAAAAAUAUUCAUUCAGGAAGUUUUAGAGUUAGGGAAAGAAAUAUAAAGCAUGUAAAGAGGAAACGGUGACACGAGUAUCUGAUCGUUGCAUGCAGAGAUUGACGCAGCCUUCAUUUAAAAAAGGUUUUAAAGUCAUGGCAUGUCUUAAUCAGUAUAGUGUAGCAACUGCCAUCAGAAAUUAAAAUCCCCACUGGACAGAAGUUGACGAGGAUUGGUUAGGAAAGAUUUGUAAAGAGAUUGCCAAUAUGUCUGACUCUGAAAAUGACAUCUUUGAGGAAUUGAUCGAGACGAAGAGGUACAAGAUCGUCAAGUACAUCAAUGCCCGUGUUUUCUAUGACAAACUUCGAGAGCUCAAAGUCCUCACAAUGGACGACGUGGAAAUGAUCCAGAGCAAGAUAACGCGGAGGCAACAAGCAGCACAUUUCUUGGAUGUCCUACAAACAAAGGGAGAUAAUGGGGUUCGCAAAUUCCUGGAGAUUUUGGAGUGGGAGUACCCUCAUGUUUAUAAGGAAAUCACUAACAAGGAUGCCAGGGACCCACCCACAGACUACUUGAAGCACAGAGAGAGCAUGUACGCCGCAUGGCUAUACAAACUACCGGAGCUGGCCGAAUCUCUGAAGAAUGACUAUGAGCAUAAAAAGGACCUCCAUCAGAAGAUUCAGGAGAUGAAGGAGGUGAUGAAGUUUGCUCAGGAAAACAACACCGAACUCGAGAGAGAAAACCAGGAACUGCAAGAGAAGUUAAAAAACUUCAAAAACGGGAAAAUCGAACUGGAACAAGAGCUAGGGCACUGUAUACGAGAAAUGAGUCUAUCUCGAGACAAGUGUAUGGCACACAUGGAGAAUUCGCUGGAAUAUCAGAAGGAAAUCAACAUCCUGAAGGACACGCUCCGGGACGUGAGGCACGACAGGGACGGACUGGCGAAACAGAUCGAGCACUUGUCUGCUAGGUUUCACCAGAGUAAAGCCGAAACUGCAGAAGCCAGGAGGAAGUCUUAUUCUAUGAACCAACUCAACACAGAAAACUUCAAGCCGUUUGACCGUCAGACAAGUGCCCAGGACAUUGAGAUCACAAUUCUGAAGGAGAAGUUUGACCAGGAACAGGAGAAGUGUGAAGAACUCAAUCAACAGCUGUUACAUGUCACAGACGAGCUGGAUCAUGCUCAAGCUCAGCUCAGAAAGACUAAAUCGUACUGUGAAAAAUUAUGUAAGGAGGUUGAAGCAAAAGACGAAUGGCUAGAGGAAAAGAGGAAAAGAAUAGAUGGGUAUUUCAAAGAGAUUGAAAGACUGGAAGAAGAAAAAAAGAGGCUGGACGAGGAGAGGAAUAAGGAGCAGAGGAAAGUGAAGGAGGAGCAGGAGAACAGCCGGAAGCUCUUCAGUAAAGUCUAUCAGCUAGAAAACAAGCUGGAAGAUCUACGAUCCGAGAACGAGAAGCUCAAAGCUCAGAGCAACAGGGCAUCUUCAGGCUCCAGUGUUGCAGAAGACACCACUCCCAGUGAAAAGUUCCCGGCUGCACUUGAAGAGUUCUAUCCUGAUGAGAAUGAGCCCCUAUAUAGAUCCAAUGUUGAACAUUGCCAGAGUUAUGAGCCAGAUCUGAAAGGUACUCACGUACCUCAGCGAGACGAUAGCUUAAAACCUGUGGUUGGGUCUUUGAGAAUGGACCUUGUAGAAGAUCAGCAGCAGGGGAUGAGAUACUCCAGAAUCCCAGUCCAGUCUUUAUUAAAAGGUACUGAAAAGCUGUCGCAGCCGGGCAUACUGGAACAGCUGGAGGAAGAAGUCAGCACCAGGGGGGCCUCGAUGUCCAAUACGAUGAGUAGCGACACCUCGGAGGACACGGACGCGGAGCUUACAGGAUUCAAUGUUCACAUUCGCGAACUUCCACUCAAAUGGAGGCCUACCAAAUCUGUCCCUCCCAGUGGCCAGUUUGACAAGCAGAGGACCUACAAAGUGACCUUGCCUGUCCUUGAUGAAAAAAUCAAAAUCAUUGGAGGGAACUUCUCAGGGAUAUUUAUAACAGAAGUAUCAAAAAAACUGGAUAGCGGGAUUUGUGUGGGCGACCAAGUUGUUUCAGUACAGCUCUUACGGAGUGACUAUAGUUGUGUCAGUAAGAAGGAAAUGCGAGGUCUGACUCUCAUGGAGGCUAGGACGGCUUUCCUGUUUGAGAAUCAAAGGGACGAUGAAAAAGAACUGGAGAUCACCAUCAAAAAGACCUCACCAGAGGAGUUUGAAAACAUCAAGAAGUGGAUGGAUACCCAGAAGAGUACUGGGGAUUUCUUCUAUGUGAGAGCCUGUGCUUCCAUCAAGGAGAAGGAGGCAGAAUGUUUACCUGUGAAGAAGGGAGACAUUUUACGAGUAACCAACACCAAUCACAGCAAAGGGGACCACAAGUACUGGAGGGUGUGUCUGUAUAAUCGACAGAAUGGGCAGUGGGGCAAGGAGGGCAUUAUUCCUGCAGAUUUUCGCCGACUAUGUACAGUAGAUCGGAGACUGGCAUUCCGAGCUCGCAGCCAGUUUGUCAGAGUACUUCCAAUGAAAGCAAUUUCCAAACUGCCAGUAGUGAUGUAUGGUGCAGGGAACGUCAUCGGCGCCGCCCAGAACCUGAUAGUGGACGACUCCACAGACUUCCUGUGUUACAAUGUAGAUAAAGGCAGAGAUAUUGACAUCCUGAGACACUGCCUAAACAAUGGUAAGCACUGUAUGAUGAGGGAUGCACUACUGAAGAAAUUGGUGGAUGUCUACAUCAUCAUGGUCAUCAACACUGACAACGCCACACCGGAGAUUCUUAAGAGUGUUUUUGGGGUGGACCAUGCCACAGAGGUCAAGUACAGACUUCCUGAGGAUGUUCUCUACGAAACAAUCACCGUGGGUAAUGCUGGCAUCAAGGACAGAAAAUCCUUCCUUCGGGUUUUCUAUGACGGAGUGCAGAAAGGUCAGGAGCGGAUGUGCUGGUUUUCAAGUUCUCAACUGGAUGGUAGUACCAUGGAACAGUACCAGGACUACCUAGGGAAAGAGAGCACUGACCAACACACUAGGUCACAGGACAGCAACAAUGAGGUCACGCCGUUAUAUGAGCGAUCAUCCUCUACCCCCCUGUAGAUCAGCUGUUACAACUAACCCCCUUGCUUUAUAUUCUGAGCAAAGAUCACUUCCAAAAUCUUUGUUAACUGUCACCCAAAAUAACUUUUUGAGUAUUUUUUUUUUUUUUUUACAUUUAAUGAAGGAUGACAUAUAUAUAGUGCUCAUUGGGAUCUCUAGAUACAGACGGAAGGGCAGACUCAGGAUUAUUUUCUGUGUGUGGAGUCCAGCAUUCAAUCUGCAUUCCCUGUUAAUACAUUUUGAAUUUUGAUAGAAAAUUGGACUUUGUUUACAUGUGAACAUUCCAGGGGGUUGUUCAGAAAUACCCCGCCCCUUCAGGAUCCACCCCUGAAUCUCUUCCUUGAUGAUUUGGUGGUUUGUUCCCAUUAUUAGUGAUGGCUUCAGUAGAGAUGACUUUUAUAUGACUGUUAAUGUUUGGAUAAUUUAUUUUUUUGUGCAGCAGAUUUUAUAUUGUUAGAUUAGAGGCAUGUUGAACCUUUUUUUAUAUAAUAUAUAUUCUAUUUUUCUUGCUCAGAUUUGUGUGGUUGUAGUGGUGCUUGUUGAUGAGGUUGUGUGGUUGUAGUGGUGCUUGUUGAUGAGGUGUGGUUGUAGUGGUGCUUGUUGAUGAGGUUGUGUGGUUGUAGCGGUGCUUGUUGAUGAGGUUGUGUGGUUGUAGUGGUGCUUGUUGAUGAGGUUGUGUGGUUGUAGUGGUGCUUGUUGAUGAGGUUGAGGUAAUUAAGUUAUGGAUGAGUGUUUGUACUUCUGUUUAUAACAACAUACUAACGAAUUUACUAUGUAGCUGUUUUGUUUAUAAGAAUGUGUUCAUCGUUUUUGUUCAAAAUAAGGCUGGCGGAAAGAUUGCUAGUUAUAAUGCUCUAAGACAUCGGUGAGAUAAACAGAGGGCUUUUUUUUCUCAAUCUGAAGGUAAACACACACAAAAUAAAACCUGAGACCAACCUAAAAGAAAGAGCACACUUAAUGUAAGAUUGAAAGUAAGAAAGAGUACACUUAAUGUAAGAUUGAAAAUAAUUGGUUUUCUUUCACUCCUGUGAUUUCCCCAUAUUAAAAUAUGUAUUUGAAAUUACCAAGAGUGAUGUCAUUGUUUUAUCAAAUCACUAUGGGCCCAGCUGUUUAAAGGGUAAUGGGCCACCAUACAUGACAUGACAAAGAGCAUGCCCCAAAAUAAAUUGCAUCAAAUUAAUCAUUCAACAUUCAAAUAAUAAGCAUACUAAGUUAGAAGUUCGUUUUUUAGUUCUCUUUUUCUUCUUUUGUGUGUUUUAACUUGAUGGCAAAUGUAAGUCAAUUCUACAUAUUGUAUAUGUAAACACUGUAUUCAAGAGCACGUGAUCGAAGUUACUGUUAAUUCCCAAUCUAAGACUACGCUUCAUGCAGUAUAACAUUAUUUAGCAGGUCACAAUCUAAGACUUCACGCAGUAUAACAUUAUUUAGCAGGUCACAAUCAGGACCAGGUCAAACCAAUGUAAUGUUACUAUGACUUAUAGAAAUUAUUUAUUAUUUGCUUUCAUCCUUUAAGAUGACUCAAAAGCUAUUGCCAUACACACUGAAUUAACAGAUUUACGGUCUGUUUUACCGAUAUUUACGAGACGUUACAUAAAAACCACUCUAGUUGGAUGUAUAAUUUCAGAUUUAAGGAAUGAAGUACCUAUGGGCGUCAUCAGUUCUUAAUCGAAUUCUAACUGCAUGUACAUAUUUAUGCAAACUUUCUUGACAGCUUUAAUACAUAUAUAACAAUUUUUUCAAGCAUAUUAGAUUUUUAUGUUUUUCUAUAAAUUUAAGAUUUGCAAGAGGAGUCUGAAAAAGAUUCGAAAUAGGAAGUGAAGUUCACUCAUCCAUAACAAUUGAUUGGUAACACUUGUAUUCACAUUUGUGGCUGAUACUGAACAACACUAACUUGUUGAAACUCAGAAAAAUGACAUUUCUCGAUAACGACAUAAUUAAAUCUCCCUUCUCUAUCAUGAUGCUGUGUCACAUGACAGGAUAUUUUUCAUCUAGAAUUGUCAAUCAUUUUCUUGAGUAAGAUAAAUGUAACAAAAUGUCGGCGAGUGUAGGGUUAUGAAUGUAUUGUUGAACAGUAGCGCAACUCUAUUUUUAGAAUGUGGAACACAUUUUGUUAUAUUUGCAUAUUUUGUACAACAUUUAGUUCUACGAAUUACGAUAGUUUUUGUGAACAAUAGGGAGAAAUGUGUAGGAAUACCGGUUCCUCUUUUGUCAAAAAUGUCGCAUUUUUUCCAAUAUUUUGGUUGUUUUCGUACAUGUGUGUAUGUUGUCUCUUUCUAUAAAACUUACAGAUUCUCAGUCCCAGCAAAUUCAAUGUCAUGAUGCAGAGGAAUUGCAUAUCUUUAGAUUUUUUUUGUUUUUUUUUUGGAGUGGAUGUCAGAUGAAUGUGUUUGUAUCUGUAGAAUUAUUUCUUGUGAAAAUGUUCAAGUCUUGGAUUGAACUGAACCUUUUGUUGUUGAUGCACUUUGAUAAUUGAUGUAUUGUUCAAAAGUUUGCAUGUUUUAUUUUAUACCAGUAUACCCACUGCUAAAGAACGCCCCUUGUUUUGAUGCAGUGACUGUGUACAUUAGUUCUUACAAUGGCAAGCAGGUUAGAGGUGAUGACCACGGUCCUAGUGACCAGGUGCGCUGGUGACCAGGUGUGCUGAUAACCAGGUGUGCUGGUGACUAGGUAUUUUACAUGUCCGAUGGUUAGGCAUGCAUCAUGUUUUAGUCAUCAUCUUGUCACAGCAACCUCUGCUGAAAUCGAAGAACGAGAAGCAGGGAAUCCACGUAAACAUUAUGUGAUUUAUACAGGAGAAAAUGCUUUAAAAGUUUUCAUUCCAUAUUAUUUUGCCCUUUUUCAUUGAGACUGAAUUUGUGCUUUUUAACACACCAGAGGUAUAUGAUAUGGACAUGUACAACAAUAUUUUAAUAUUAAAAAAAUUCAUAUUUACUUUAUUAAGUCAAAAAAUGCAGUUUUAGUAAAAAUGAAUCCAAAAAAAGAUUUAAAAUCCCUGCUGGAUUCAAAUCCACAAAUCAGCAGUUGACAAAUUAAACCAACUGAGCUACCCAAUCAAAUUUAAAAGAAAUAUACAAAUACUGUUGAUAUUUAUGUUCUUAUUCAUGCUUUAAAAGAAUUAUUCUUCCUUAAGAUUCCUCAUUAAUUAAGAUUGGUCAAAAUACAACAAACUGGGGCGAAAUAAGAGCUGAAGAAGGAGGUUGUAUCAGAUGAUGCAUUAGUCUGGCCCGGUGAUGCCGAUUUAUGACACGAGCUGAAGUACAAUAUGAAUAUAGAGGCAAGAUACAUUGCUCAGGUGAGCAUUGUGGCUCAUGGGUCUCUUGUUAAAUCUGCCUAAAGAAAAAAAUAUGAAAGGGCAAAAUAAAAAUAGGGACGAAAAUUUUUCCAUAUUCAUGUAGUGUUGAUUAAUUUGGAUUGUAGAUGUUGUGUUGAUACAGAUAUUUAAGGAUUUGCUGAUACAGAUGUAAAAGGAUUUCAUUUAGAUUAUAUGUGUAUAUACAUAUAUAUUAUAGAAUACAGGAAAAUACUUACUGCCAACAUUUUAUGAGAAUUUUAUUGUAUACAAUUAGUGUAUGUGAAUAUUAUUAUCUAGUCUAGCCACUACAUCUCUACAUAGACUUCCAACAUACUGGGUGUGAAUAGAAUUCAUCAUCUGUUCACUGGGUGUGAGUGGAAUUCAUCAUCUGUUCACUGGGUGUGAGUGGAAUUCAUCAUCUGUUCACUGGGUGUGAGUGGAAUUCAUCAUCUGUUCACUAGUGUUCACUGGGUGUGAGUAGAAUUCAUUCAUCUGUUCACUGGGUGUGAGUAGAAUUCAGUCAUCUGUUCACUGGGUGUGAGUAGAAUUCAGUCAUCUGUUCACUGGGUGUGAAUAGAAUUCAUCAUCUGUUUGCUGGGUGAGUAGAUUUCAUCAUCUGUUCACUGGGUGUGAGUAGAAUUCAGUCAUCUGUUCAUUAGUGUUCACCAUGUUUAUCUUGUAGUGGAAUAUUUGUAUUGACAAAAUACCAUGGUCUUCUUGGACAACCAAAGAAAGCAUCCUUUUAUGGUCAUGUAUAAUGAUGAAUCUGUAAUAUUUUAGUUCACCUGAGCCAGAGAGUAAAAUUAAAUUCCUCUCGGAAGGAACAUUGUCAGAGAGUAAAAUUAAAUUCCUCUCAGAAGGAACAUUGUCAUCAGUCACCAAUUUGUACAUUUCUGGAUUUUUUUCUCUUCGGAAUGACUAUAAACUUGAAACAUAAUUUUCGGAUAUAAAGGUGGUUCAUUUUGUUCAAGUAUAAGUUCAUGAUUCCUCCAAAAGGGAGAUAAUUAAGAAAUGAUUUAAAGGAAAUUGGGAUUUCCAAAAGGGAGAUUAUUAAGAAAUGAUUUAAAGGAAAUUGGGAUUUCCAAAAGGGAGAUAAUUAAGAAAUGAUGUAAAGGAAAUUGGGAUUUCCCAAAGGGAGAUAAUUAAGAAAUGAUGUAAAGGAAAUUGGGAUUUCCAAAAGGGAGAUAAUUAGGAAAUGAUGUAAAGGAAAUUGGGAUUUCCAAAAGGGAAAUAAUUAAGAAAUGAUUCAAGGGAAAUUGAGAUUACUAAUAUAACUUCUUUUUAGAAGCAUUGGCUCACAGAUUGAAAACUAUGUGAAAGCGUCAGUGUAUAAUUUGAGGAACUACGCCAACAUUGAAGUGUUGUAUAUAGGGGAAAAAAUGAAGAGUGUUUCCAAACAUUAGUGUGACAUCACAUAGUGUGACAUCACAUAGAGUGACAUCACAUUGUCUAACCAAUUACAAGAUAGAAAGCAGCUGUUCCAUGGCUGUUACAACUUGUGAACUGACAAGCAUGGAGGCUUCUAAGAAAUGGGAUAUUAUUGAUAAUGAUACUUUUUAAAAAAAUAAAUGCAUUUAGACAUAAUACAUUUAGACAUGAAAUAAGAUUUAUAUAUAUAUAUAUAUGUGUUGAUGAUAACCCAGGCAAUCAGCAUAAUAAAUGUAGAAUAGAAAUUAUCCUUGGAUAUAGUGACAACAAUUAUUAGAUGAGUUUGAUUUUGUCAAAUUAUUUCCCUCUCCUUUAUUAAACGGAAAGCACUAGGUUGUGUUGUGACCCAUGAGUCAGAUCGUAACUUAAUUGCUUUUAGUGAUGAACAAAAUGUUUCAGAAUUUACUGGUUUGGGUUCCUUUUGUUUUAUUUUCUUUUUUUCACUUUUUGUUGUUUUUUGUUGUUUCCUUUUUUUCAUUUUGUUUUAAAUUUUGUUGAAUUUGAAUUAUGCAAAGACUACUGUUUAGGUAGAGUAUUGAUUAUUGACAUACUAACUGGUGGUCUUUUAAGUAAUGGCCAACAGUGAUUUUAGAAUCCAUUAUUUCUCUUGAUGUGAUUACUUCAUUCAAUAAAAUGAAAUUUUCUGAA